UGAGCCGACGAGGCAGUCGCGCUAAGACGGCGGAGCCCGCAGAACGCGGCUCUUACGGGGACCUCCGCGCUCCUUUGUCCGGCGAGUUUUAAAGUCGCGUUCUCGCGGAUCCUUGGCCGGGAUCGAGAGCGGUCGCGAGCUUCUUCUUGCGAGCGAGCAGCCAAGCGAACUUAGCCCAUUUGAGGGAAGAGAGGGAGCGGAGGCGAAGCGCGCAGAGUUGUGCGGGCAAAAUUCUGCCAUAAAAAUGGAUUGGUCCUCUUGGUCCUUUUUGCUUUUCAUUUGCAGUCUGGCUACUUAUAAUGCCGCUGGUCAAACGUAUUAUACUAUCGUCGCGCCAAAAAUCAUCCGUCCUAACUCAGAGUAUCACGUAGCGGUGAGUAUCAUCGGUUACUCCGAGCCCACAACGACCUUCGUCGAACUCUCCGGUCAACUAGACAAUGGAGAGUCGUUCGCGGUGUCCGAAAGCGUCGUCGUCGAGCCCUUCGCAACGCGUAUUCUCAGCCUCGAAAUUGGUGAUACGGGCCCGGGUAAUUACCGACUCCUGGCGCGGAGCCUUAACGGUUACGCUUUCGUCAACUCCACGGAGCUCGAGUAUGUGCACAAGAGCUACGCAGUGCUGCUUCAGACCGACAGGUCGGUGUACAAGCCCGGCAAUAAAAUUCAGUUUAGAUGCAUCGUGCUGAACUCGAGGCUGAGACCUACGGCGAGUCGACAAUUCGAGGUUUAUAUUACGGAUGGCCAAGGCAAUCGAAUAAAACAAUGGGAUCGACCGACAUUACAUCAAGGAAUAUUUAAUGCCGAAUUGGAAUUGUCACAGUCACCCGUUUUAGGUGAUUGGGAAAUUAUAGCCAAUGUUGGUAAUCAGACAUUCAGAAAAACUGUACAGGUCGCAGAGUAUAUUUUACCGAAGUUCGAGGUUACAAUCGAUGCUCCCCUUCAUGCAACUUUCAAAGAAGGAAAAAUCACUGUCAUCGUUCAUGCUAAAUAUACUUACGGGAAGCCGGUAAAGGGUGAGGCUACGAUUACAGCAUUUCCUGAUAUUUAUUCACCGGUAUUGCAGCCCGUAUAUCAAUCGCCCAUCAGAAAGAUCAUAAAAAUUGAGGGGAAAGCAACUGUGGACUUCGAUAUCAUCAACGACCUCAGAGUGACUGACGAUGACUACAGGAGACCGGUAGUUAUCGAGGUUGCCGUAGAGGAAGCCGUCACAGGAAGAAGACAGAAUAACUCCAUGCAAAUAACCCUUCAUAAACACAAGUAUACUAUGGAUUUACUAAGAACUGCGGAGUAUUAUAAGCCUGGCAUGAAGUACACGGCCUUUUUAAAAGUUGCGUAUCAUGAUGGUUCACCAGUAAUCGAUAAUACAAAUCCCGUUCACAUAUCGUAUGGGUAUACCUAUGAUCAUGAAAAUUUAUAUAAUAUGACAAAAAUGCUCGAUAGAAACGGCAUGAUAGAGCUGAACUUUCAUCCACCAACGUUGGUUCCCGAUCACAUAUUUCGACCUCUUAGAAUAGAGGCUCAAUAUCUGAACUUGCAUGAAUGGUUCCCAUCAACAAAUCCGGCUUCGUCUAGGAGCGAAGUGUAUAUCCAAGCAACACUUCGUACAGAAAAACCUAUGGUAAAUGAGUACAUUGAGAUUGAAGUGAACUCUACAAAUCCAUUAAAAUAUCUUAGCUAUCAAGUUUUUGGACGCGGGGAUAUUUUGACUGCUAACUCCAUUCAAGUAUCCGAUAGACGCACAGCGACAUUUCAAUUCUUGACUACAUAUGUAAUGGCUCCUGUUGCUCACUUAUUAGUUUAUUAUGUAAGCGAUGAUGGCGAAAUAAUUGCAGAUUCAUUAGACAUAGAAUUGGAUGGAGCAUUGCAAAAUUUCGUUGAUAUUAAAAUGAUUCCUGACGAAGUUGAGCCUGGAGACAAUGUAGAUCUGACGAUAAUGGCAAAACCGAAUUCUUAUGUUGGUCUCUUAGGCGUCGAUCAGAGAUCUCUUUUAUUAAAAUCUGGCAACGAUAUUUCUCACGAUCAAAUACGUAAACUCUUAAUGUCCUACGAUUCAAAUGAAGCUAACUUCAAUGACGAAGAAAAUUUAGCAAGCACUGAAGAGAUUUUUAGAAAAACUGGAGUUGUUAUCCUGACAAACGGAUAUUUGCACGAAAAUCCACAACUAAUGCACCCGGACGAGAACGGCGAUCGGGUUAAGGGCCCGACCCCGGGGCUCUCAAUCUCGACCCUGAAGCCGGACAUUGGCCCGCCCGUAAAGCAUAGGUUUGCAACGAGACCAUCCUGGGCUGGUCGCUACGCCUUCUCUUAUGUGCCACUCCUCCCUUGGAGGCCUCGUGUUUUCCUUAUGCAUGACAUCUCAGACACUUGGCUUUUUGCAAACAUGUCUUCAGGAUAUGAAGGAAAAACUGUAAUUCGAAGAACUCUACCGGAUACUAUCACAUCGUGGAUAUUAACUGGUUUUUCAGUUGAUCCCAUUUACGGAUUGGGUCUUAUCGAAAGCCCAAGGAAGUUGAAAGUUUUUAAGCCUUUCUUCAUAUCAAUGAAUCUGCCCUAUUCUGUUAUCAGAGGAGAAAUAGUAGCUAUUCCGAUUGUUAUAUUUAAUUACUUGAAUAGAGAUCUCUCAACCGAAGUAGUACUGGAAAAUAAUGGAGACUUUGAAUUUGCUGAGAUAUCAAACGAAGUACAUGAAACUAAACGUCUAGAACUAUAUCGAACCAAAAAAUUAUUUAUACAAGCUAACUCUGCCCAAAGCGUUUCUUUCAUGGUUAUUCCAACAAAGUUAAAUCAUAUUACAAUUAAAGCUAAAGCAACUAGUUCGAUGGCAGGUGACAGUAUUGAAUAUCCUCUUCUCAUAAAAGCCGAAGGAGAAACACAAUAUCGAAAUAAAGUAGUCUUUGCCGAUUUGAUGAAAACCAACGUCAGUGUAAAUAUUCCGAAAUAUUUCGUUUCCGAUUCCGAUUACGUUGAAAUCUCAGCCGUAGGUGAUAUGUUGGGGCCAAGUAUACCGAAUCUUGCAAAACUGAUAAAAAUGCCAUUUGGAUGCGGUGAACAAAAUAUGCUUAACUUUGUACCAAAUAUUGUCAUUCUAGAUUACUUAACGAACACAAAUCAACUUUCGCCUGCUAUUGAAAGUAAAGCAAUACGAUAUCUUGAAACCGGUUACCAACAAGAAUUAACAUACAGACAUGCAGAUGGAUCUUUUAGUGCUUUCGGAAAAACUGAUCCAAGUGGUAGCACAUGGUUAACGGCAUUUGUGGCCAAAUCCUUCAAACAAGCCGAAAAGUAUAUUACAGUAGAAGAAAAAAUUGUGUCAGAUGCACUGAAAUGGCUUGCCGAAAAACAAGCAGCUAACGGAAGUUUCCCGGAAGUAGGAACUGUUAGUCAUCGCGAUAUGCAAGGCGGAGCGGGAAAAGGUCUCGCUCUAACGGCUUAUGUUCUUAGUGCUUUUUUAGAAGCUGAGAGCUUCGAGAGUCGUUAUCGCAAUGUUAUUUACAAAGGCGUGGAGUACGUGGUGCGCAAUAUGCAGAACCUCGAGGAUAAUUACGCCUUGAGCAUCUGCACCUACGUUCUAAGCCUCGCGCGCAACGCCUAUGAAGAUGAGGCCUUUCGAUUAUUGGAGUCACGUGCGACCAUCAAGGAUGGGCAGAAAUGGUGGAGCAAACCAGUACCCAAGAACGACAAGAAUCCCUGGUACGUGCUGUCGAGGAGCGCUGACGUGGAGAUGACGUCAUACGCGCUGCUCACGUACCUGAGAAAGAAUCAGCUUUCCGAUGCUACCAUCAUCAUGAAGUGGCUCGUAAAACAGCGCAACGUCGAGGGCGGCUUCUCUUCCACCCAGGACACAGUGGUUGGAUUAUACGCUCUAGCAAAAUUAGGUGAAAAGAUGAGAACAAGCGUGUACGACGUUCAAUUAAGAAUUACAACAGAUAUUGGAGAACAGAAGGAAAUUAAUAUUAAUUCCAGAAAUUUCAUGAUCGUUCAAAAACAUAUAUUAUUCGGGAAAACUCGUUCUAUCAAUAUUACUGCUAGUGGGACUGGAUUCGCUCUUGUACAACUUUCUUCGCGCUACAAUCUGAAUGUAACUGGAGCUUUUCCACUUUUUACAUUAGAUCCUCAAGUUGACACGAUAUCUACGAAUGAUCACCUGCAACUUUCUAUUUGUUCUGGCUUCAUCUCGACAAAAGAAGUAAAUGAGAGCAACAUGGCUGUUAUGGAAGUAAGCUUUCCAUCAGGUUUUACCGUCGAUCAAGAUGCCUUACCAAGCUUAGAAUUAUCACAGAACGUCAAGAGGGUAGAAACCAAAAAUGGCGACACGAUGGUUGUUUUAUAUUUUGACAAAAUGGUCAAUGAUAAGGAAUAUUGCCCAACGGUCUCUGCGUAUAGAACGCAUAAGGUAGCUAAGCAAAAGCCUGUUCCGGUAUCAAUUUAUGACUACUAUGAUUCAUCGAGACGUGCGAGGGUGUUUUACGAACCAAAGAUGACAACGCUCUGCGACAUUUGCGAGGAUGAGCAGUGCGGUGACGUAUGCAGCAUAAAGGCUGGAAAACGCGAGGAAGGUACCCUGCCGUCCAUCUCCUCGUCUUCAAGGGCUAUCAUCGAUUCGAUGCUUAUCAUCGUGUGUGUCUUCUACCUAUCCUUAAGUAGCGGCUAUAUCAAUUAGAAUAGCCGCAUUAGGUAUCAUGUGUACGCGACUUCGUUAUGCCCGAUUAAGUAUGUGGCACCUUCCCGCUUUCUCUUUGGUCGGGAGAAUGAUGUCGGACGUUUUAUUAUUCGUAGAUUUGCGCAUCGUUGUACAUAACGAGUCAUAACCAAAGUGCUUCGUACAUGUAAUCUUAUUUAUGCGAAAUAUUGUAUAAAACGAUUACAGGAGAGUAUUCGUUUGUGUAGGUUUGUCAGUGAGCGUACGUUUACUGUAGAUAUGUCUUUCAGAAUUUUCACGACUGUAAAAUUUGAAGAAAUUUUUAAAACAAAUAAUUAUUAUUGGUGCUUAAUUUUAUUACAGAUAC